UAAAGGAAUUGAGUGGAAGAUAGCCUAGAGGGAAGCAAGAUUUCAAGAGAUAGAGAGAGAAGCGAAAAUGGAAUGGUAGAUAAUGGGGAUUUGGUUCGGUGUUUUGGGGAAGAGGGGAAUUUCGUGAGGGAAAAAAAAGAGUCAGAGAAAAAGUACCUAAUAAAGUUUAUCAAACGUAGUCGUUUUGCAUCAGAAGUUGGGUCUGGAGAGAAGAAUUGCCAGCACGCGCUUGACGGGGAGGAUGAGACAUGCGAGCAUCCUCUGCUUCUCUCUCUCUCCCUCACACCUGCCUCACUCCUUCUCUCUCUAAAGCAAACCCUAUCUCCACUGCCGCCCCACUCCUCCGCCGGCCGCUCCCGCCAAAACGCCAAAAGCCAUCAGAUCAAAAAUCGAACCAUAAAAUACCAGAAAAGCCAGGUGCAGCUUCUUUCUAAUCGAGUGCAAGCAGAUAUCAAACAAAAGCAGCGAUGUUUCCGGGAAUGUUCAUGCGCAAACCGGACAAGGCGGCGGCCUUGAAGCAGCUGAAGGCACACGUGGCUAUGUUUGGGGUGUGGGUAGCUGUGGUUCGUGUCACUCCUUACAUUCUUCAUUACCUCUCUGAUGACAAGGAGGAGCUCAAGCUCGAGUUCUAGAUGCCUCCUCUCUCUCUUUUAGUGGGUUACAAGGAGAGAAUUGGAUUGGGAUGUAAAGGAGUUUCAAGUUCCUGAUUCCUUUUCAGCCUGCUUGAGUAUGAGGCCAUGGUGUUAUCACAUUAGGUUAUAUUUGCAUUUGCUUUGAUCAUGCUUGUUAGAUUUUUUACUGAAAUGGAGGAUUGAGUACUUCCAUAUUAUGUCAUGACGGUUAUAUCUAAUUGAAUAUACCUUCGAAUA